ACCAAUCGCAAACCAACAAGUGUCCCAAUCAAAUGGUUGUUGCCGUCAAAGUCUUCAAAAAGACCACACCGAAUGGUAAAGUCACCGUCUACUUAAGCAAACGUGACUUCAUCGACUACUUGGACCACGUCGACCCCAUCGAUGGCGUCAUCGUCGUGGAGGAUGGCUACCUCCAAGGCCGCAAGAUCUACGGCCAGGUGGUCACCACCUACCGCUACGGUCGCGAAGAGGACGAAGUCAUGGGGCUGAAGUUCAGCAAGGAGAUGGUCAUAGCUCAGGACCAAAUCGCCCCCGCGAAAAAAUCCCCAGACCUGACCCCCGUCCAGGAAAAACUCGUCAAAAAAAUGGGAACAACAGCCUAUCCCUUCAUUUUCAAAUUCCCGGAGAUGGCCCCCAGCUCCGUCACCCUCCAGCCUGGCGAAGACGACCAAGGCAAACCCCUGGGAGUGGAGUACUUCGUCAAGAUCUACGUGGCGGCCAACGAGGAGGACAAGGGCCACAAGAGGAGCACCGUCACUCUGGCCAUCAAAAAACUGCAAAUGUUGUCACAGCCGAGAAUAAUCACGCGAUUGCCAAGUUCCGUCGUCUCCAAAGGCUUCACCUUCUCGAGCGGGAAGAUCAACCUGGAGGUGACCCUAGACCGCGAGAUCUACUACCACGGGGAGCAGAUCGGUGCCAACAUCACCAUUUCAAACAACUCGAGGAAAUCGGUGCGGAACAUCAAGGUCUAUGCCGUGCAACAUUGCGAAGUUACGAUGGUCAAUGCCCAGUUUUCUAAAUACGUGGCCAGUCUGGAGACGAGAGAAGGGUGUCCCAUAACCCCAGGCACCAGUUUCACCAAGACCAUCUACCUGGUGCCGCUCGCGUCGAGCAACAAAGACCGGCGCGGCAUCGCCCUCGACGGCCGCCUCCGCGACGACGACGUCAACCUGGCCAGCUCCACGCUCGUGCCCGACGGCAAAUGCCCCAUCGACGCCAUCGGUAUCGUCAUUUCCUACUCCAUGCGAGUGAAACUCGACUGUGGGACACUGGGUGGUGAGCUCGUCACCGACGUCCCCUUCAAACUGCUCCACCCAGGACCUGGUGCUAUCGAAAAGGAGAAACCGAAAACCUUCAAGAAGAUGCGAUCCAUGGAAAAGGCCCGUUAUGCAAAUUCGUACGAGCACGACGACGACGACAACAUCGUCUUCGAGGACUUCGCACGCUUCAGACUCAGUCGUGAUGGAAUCGAAUAAACGAAAAACACCAAAAAAAUAGCAAAACACAAAAACCCAAAAAAUCAAACUUAAACGAGCAACGUUGGUGAUUCUGCCAGAAGUGGAUACGUUUUAUUUUAGGAGCUACGCGAAAUUCAUUCAGCUAUUUUUGUUUGAUUUUUAGUGUUUUAGACAAUCAGAACUGGAAGAAUUAUGCAUAAUUUGUUUUUUUCUGACUGAUGUACGCGCGUAUUGUUUCCGUAACGUAAUUAAUGUUUUAGUUAGAGUUUAGAGUUGUAAAUGCAUGCAAAAAAAUAAAUAAAAA